CGCUUAUUGUGUAUUUCUACAAACAUACAUAUUAACAUUAUGCAUCUUUUAGUAUUUUAAUUAUUAUGAUUCUUAACGUUUUAAAAAUUAUUAACUAGUAAGGAGUACGUAUGUAUGUUAUGUAGAAAAGUACAAAGCAAAAGGAGAAUUAGUAUGAGUGGCAUAAAAAAUGAAACUAUUUACAAAAUAUAGUAAUGUUUUUAAAUGGACUAUAGAGUUUGAUGAAUUUUGUUAUAUUUUAUAAUUAGUUUCAAUAUUUUGCUAUCUUUUAAAAUGUCCAUGUAAAAAUUAAGAGACCUCGCUUUAAUUUAUAUAUAACUAACAGCAAAGCUAAAUUUUAGCUUGAAAAUAUAUAAAACGGUCCAUUCAAACACAGAGAUACAAAUAGAAAUAAAAAAUCAAAAGAAAAAAAGAAGCUAAAAAGUGAGUCAACAAUGAAUCAAGUAUAACAAAAACCAAUCUAAUGUUUGUUAAUUACUAGACAUAGGCUUCUUUGUAAAGCUAGGGAAAAAAAAAACCUAAACUAAGUUUGUUACUAUUGUACCAUUCAACUUUUACCUUGAUUAAUUAAUCUUAUGCCUUUUAUCAAGUGUUGUAAUAUAUCAUUUUGGAUGGUUGAUAAUCAAUUAAAAGUGAUAAAUUUGUCGAUUCACAUGGGGUGUGUAUAUAUAUAUAUAUAUAAAGAAAAAACUUAUUUUUAGUUGCUCUUUUUAACUUUUUUAGAUCGAAAAAGAGGAAAAACUUGUCGGAGAUGUUUGUCGAUCUAAAUCCACUACUAUUCCGACACGAGGAAAACUCCUUAAUUUUGUUUUCUUUUAAAUUUCUUAAUUAUGUUUUCUUUUAUAGCCCUACAAACAUAUAAUAGAUAUAGUUUAUGUUUGAUCUUUCUACUAAAUCUUAUUAUCGAGGAAAAUCGAUCACGAGGGUUUGCAAUAACUUUAAGGAAAAAUGAAGGAAAACUUUUGAAGCAUUUUCUCGCACUACCACGACGGAGGAUGACCAACAACAAUAGCAAGUACAUAUAAGGUAGGAUACUCCCCUUGGGCCAGGUGCCUCGAAUGCCUCUAUACCCGGCCUCUCUAUUUCAAGAAGAGUCCUUCUAGCUUCUUCCGUUACCUCAUUUUCUACUAGCAACAUCAAGCAAUCCAUCUGGAUCGUCACUCUUCUUCAACCAAACUAGGGUUUCAAUUAUAUACGAACAUGGUUGAAGGGUCUAUUUCUUCUCAUCUCGACAUUGGACCAGAAUCUAAAGAGCAAGUCGAUGGUCUUACUCGUGAAGAUAUUGCUUGGGUUGAUUCUUGUCUGAUUAAAGAGAUACCAGAUAUUUCAGAUGGCAAUUGGAACCACGUAAAGGAUGCCUUAUUAGAAAUCCUUGAUCUUUAUCCUCAAGGUUUUGAAUCUUCUCUUGCUCGGAGCGAUAACGUUCCAGGAUCUAGUAACGGCGACAUCGACGUAGACAUGCUUCCCUCUAACAAUGUGAAGGAGCCUACAUUUUCCUCAAGAGAUAGUGAUGAUCUUAUGAACGAAACAAGAACGGCAUUGGAAGAUCAUCCUAUGAAUGAUACGGGAAUAGCUUCGGAAGAUCCCCAAAAGCACGACAACAUCGAUACUUCUCUGCCUUUAACUCUUAUCAAGAAUCCAUUUCUACCCACUUACAAAGAGGAAGUAGAAGGGAAUGAUGAGAAUGAUCAAGCUGGAAUUGGGCAUGAAUUGUCAGAAAUUGGAUCUGAGUCGCCAAUCAAUGAUAUUUUCCAUGUCUGGGAUUUGAACUUUCCUCCAGUCGAGGACGAGCUCAUGGAGCAGCUGAACAAAGCCCUUACCGAAAAUUCUGUUGAAUCAGUCCCUUCAAUGGACAGUAAUCUUGGUGUGUUGAAAGACUUGAAGGAAGAUUUACUUGAUGACUUGAUCAAUAGCAUUUCUGACCUAUCUUUGGAACAGACUAAAUAUUAGGGAAAUAGUCGUUCUGGAGCCACUGAUUUCUCAAAGUUCAUAUUAUCGAAUUUCAACACGUGGCACUCCGGUACUCGAUAAUUUGAAAUGUCCCACAUUGGAAUAGGGGCUGAUUCUGGAGAUAGUAGCCUUAGACGAUAUAGUUCUACAAUUUUUACAGGGAAACUAGUGGGAUAUGUGAAUACCUUUUCCCCCCCUCAAAAUCUAAUUGACAGUUUUUGUUAACAAUGAUGUAUUAGCAAUUAGUACAUUUAAGAGGUGAUUUCAUGGACAGUUAAAUGCUUGCUUAAUGACUAACUAUGUUAGUAGAUCGUUGAAUUUUUCGA